CGAGCGUGUCCCGUGCCGCGUGCCGCGCUAGCUCCGCAAAGGGCAAGGGCUGGAGAUAGGGGAGGGGCAUCCUUCCUACAGCUGGGACAGGAGCCAUGUAUGCGGUGCCGCACCCAUGGGCCAAGCCGGUCUCGCAUGCCGGCCCGUGGCGCAGUCUAUCGCGGAGCGAGCUGGACGAGGCCUGGGUUGAAGCUGAAGUGGCCGAGGCUGUGGACGAUGCGCCGCCAUGGGCGCCGGGCGCGCGCUGCAUGCGCUACGAGGUGGCGGUGACGGUGACGGCCGACGCAGACGGCGCGGCGCCGGCGAGCUGGCGGGUUCACCGUACGUACUCACAGUUUGACGCCUUUCACACUGCGCUGACCGAGGCGCUCCGGCACGAGGUCGUAGGCUUGCCUGAUCUGCCACAGAUGCCGGCCAAGACGUGGGGUCUGCGCUCGCGGUCGCGGGCGCCGGCCGUCGUCGCCGCGCGUCGGGCCGCCUUUGAUCUCCUCCUCGAUGUUGUGUGCUCGCACGAGAUUGUCCGCUCGCUCCCUGUUGUCCGUGCCUUUCUGGACAUUGGCACACACGUGCUCGCACCGACCGGCCGGGUCUUGGUGGUGCUCCCGGACCGCGGCGUCGACCUCGCAGACGUGGCCAGCGCGUGGCGGGUCCUUUCCGAGGCUGCAGUUGAUGUUGUGUUUGCCACACCGCGCGGAGCAGUGCCUGUUGCCGACGAGGCGCUGCUCAGCGCCGCACCUCGUGACGUCCAGUUUGAGGCCGCGCAGCUUAUGGAGGCCUCGACCUUCUGCGAGCCGCUGGACGUGUGCGACGCGCAUCCGGACGCAUACGCAGGCCUUUACUUACCAUCAGGACUCAGCGUCGAGUACCAAGCUGCGAUGCUGGAGAGCCGCGAGGUGGCACUGGCUGUGGCGCAGUUUUGGGCUGCCGGACUCCCGAUCGCCACUGUUGGCGGCGCGGUGCUGGUUCUGUCCAAGGUCACCGUGCCCGGCUCGACAUCAUCGCUGCUGGACGGGCGUGCGGUGACGACACUGCCCGGUAGCGCGCAGCGCAAGACGCGCCUCAUCCGCGGCUCGCAGUAUGCGGUGUCAGACGCCGGCACAUUUGCGGCGCAGCUUGAGCGGGUCGCCGGCGUGUCGUUGAUGCCGGGCCCUCUACUGCUGGGCAAGCCCGGGACCGCGCUUGUGCCGGACGCGGCUGGCUAUGUCGUGAGUGACGGCCAACUUGUGAGCGGUCGGUGGUGGGGCGAUGCGUACGCCGCCGCCGCUGCCCUUGUCUCGGCGUCGGCGCUCGGCUUUGUGGGUAGUGCGCCCGGAACCGCACCGAGCUCGCCGGUCACUUCGCCCGACUCGUCGCCGCAGCUUGCGGUGGCCACGCUAGUGGCGGCGCCGCACGAGCGGCCAGCAAGUGGCAGUGGCGGCGAGUCAGCAACGUUGGGCCUCUCGCCGGCCUCGGCCAUUGCCGCGCACGGCGAGCGGUUGCCGCCGCGGCUCCGCGACGCCAUGUGGAACGUGGCGCGGGUGUAUUACGUCGGGACAGGGCGUGAUCCGGUCUGGCCAAGCGAUGAGGCGGCACAGGUCGAGGUUCUUCCUGCCGGCGCGAGCAUUGCGUUUCGGUUUGAGGUGCUGGGCAUGGCCGGCGAGGGCGUGUCGGGCGCGGUGGCGACGGUGCGCGACCACGCUGUGGCCGGCACGCCGGUGCGGGCACUCAAGGUCCUUCACGCAUCGGCGGACAUGGCGGCACUCGGCUGGCACGAGCUCGACAUGCUGGACCACUUGUCGGGCGCGCUGGAAGCUUCCGGCUUUGAGCGGGACUCACUCGCAGCGCUCCCGAUCCUGCUCCCGCUGGAGUCGUUUGAGGCCAAGGCGCACAUGUGCAUUCUGCUGGAGUGGUGUGCUUGCGACCUGCUACACUACAUGCGGAGCUCACUCAAAGCGGCGGAGGCUGGUGCGCGGGCCGCGACGGCGUGCGGCGUGGUCCGCGAUGGCUGUGAGGCACUGGCGCUUCACGGGCUCGCCGGGCUCGUUCAUGGCGACGUCAAGCCGGAGAACAUCUUGGUUGUGUGCACCGAUGGAGAGGCGGAGCGGUUCCGACUGACCGACUACGGCUCGUCGUUUCGGAUUGCUGAUGCGCAGCGGGUCUCGCACCUGCAAACGCUGCUGUACCGGUCGCCCGAGGCUGUGGUCGGGUACACGGGCGCGUACGGGAGCGGGACCGACGGGUGGUCGCUGGCGUGCGUGGCGUUCGAGGUUGCAUCUGGCGGAAAGCCGCUGUUCAACGUUGCCAACGAGGCGCAGGCGCUGGCGGGCAUGGUCGAGCUCCUGGGGCCACCGCCGACGAGCUGGCUGGCGCGUGCCGCUGCCGAGUGCCCUGACAAGGCGCUGCGGUACGAGGCGCUGCUUGCGCCGGCGAGCGAGUCGAGCCCUGCCCCUCGCUCGCGGGACGAGGUUGUAGCCGAACUGCGGUCUCGACUCGAGUGGAGCACAAGGUCGGCGAGCAACGAGCAGUGGCUGCUGGAGUUUAUGGGCGGGAUGCUGCAGUGGGAGGCGAGCGCGCGCGAGGUGGAGCUUGCGGCCUACACCGUUGUCGACACCGCCGGCGCCAGCGCGGCAUCGUGCUGAGCUCAGCUUUGCACGGCAAACGAGUCGAGGAGCGAGACGACGUAUGGGUUGGACGAGUUGCGGAGCUUGGCAAUGAGCGGAGAGAGGGCGGAGCGGUCGGCAUCGGAGAGCUCUGCGGCCAGGGCGUCGUCGAGCUGGACCGUGCCCGCCAGCUGGGUCUUGGCUGCGGCGAGAAAGUCCUUGAUGGCGGCUUCGCCGGCGGCGACAAUGUCUGCGGAAAGGUUCUUUGCGCGCUUGGGCGCCGGCAAGUCACCCGACUCGAGGCCCGCGGCCAUCGAGUCAAAGUCUUCGAGGGCUUCAGCCUUGCGCUUGGCCAUGUUGAUGACGCGCGGCGGAAAGUGGGCGAGGCGUGCGACGUGAAUGCCAAAGGAGCGGUCGCACGGGCCAGGGCGGACCUUGUAGAGGAGGGUGAGGGCAUCGUCUGCGGUGUGGGCAGUGACGUGGACGUUGGUGACGGCCCUAGGGAGGAGCGACUCGAGCUGGGUGAGCUCAUGAAAGUGUGUGGCAAAGAGGCAGAGCGAGCCGAGGUCCUUGGCAAUGUGCUCGGCGAUGGCGUAGGCGAGGCCGUAUCCGUCGUAGGUCGAGGUGCCGCGGCCGAGCUCGUCGAUGAUGAUGAGCGAGGCCGGCGAGGCGGUGGCGAGGAUGGAGGCGGUCUCGAGCAUCUCUGCCAUAAAGGUGGAGACGCCGCGGAGCUGCGAGUCGCCGGCGCCGACGCGAGCGAGGAUGCAGUCGACGAGCGGGAUGGUGGCGGAGGAUGCGGGGACGAAGCAGCCGAUUUGUGCCAUGAGGACGAUGACGCCGACCUGGCGGAUGUACGUCGACUUGCCGCCCAUGUUGGGCCCGGUCAUGAGGAGGAGGCGCUUGUCGCCGGGCGGGCCAAGCUCGACGUUGUUGGGGAUAAACUGAAUGUCGG